AUGGGGAUCUUCCUGGCGUGGGUCGGGUUUGCCUUUUCUGUGCUCUACGUGCAGCAGGGGGUUUCUUCUCAAGCAAAAUUCACUGAGUUUCCACGCAACGUGACGGCCACCGAGGGGCAGAAUGUGGAGAUGUCGUGCGCCUUCCAGAGCGGCUCGGCCUCCGUGUACCUGGAGAUCCAGUGGUGGUUCCUGCGGGGCCCCGAGGGCCUGGAGCCCGCGGCCGAGGUGGCUGGCGCCCAGGCAGAGCUGCUGCCCGACCGAGACCCCGACAACGACGGGACCAAGAUCAGUACAGUGAAAGUCCAAGGCAAUGACAUCUCCCACAAGCUUCAGAUCUCCAAGGUGAGGAGAAAGGAUGAAGGCUUGUAUGAGUGCAGGGUGACGGAUGCCAACUACGGAGCGCUGCAGGAGCACAAGGCGCAGGCCUACCUGAAGGUCAACGCCAACAGCCACGCGCGGAGGAUGCAGGCCUUCGAGGCCUCGCCCAUGUGGCUGCAGGAUAUGAAGCCUCGCAAGAACGUCUCGGCCGCCGCCCCCAGCAGCGUCCACAGCUCCGCCAACCAGCGGGUGCCCUCCACCUCCAGCCCUCACGCGGUAGCCAAAAUCCCCAAACAAAGUCCACAAUCAGGUGCCAGGAUAGCUACAAGCCAUGGACUUUCUGUCCUGCUUCUUGUUUGUGGCUUUGUGAAGGGUGCUUUGCUUUAA